CUUUCUUCUACUUGCCUUGCGUCUUUAUACUGACACAUAUUUGACAACCAUAUAUCUGCUGUUAUACAUUUUUGAACUUUUAUACGGAUGAAACCGAGAGAUGAAAAGGAAAAUCGACAGAAAAAUAAAGGCGUGAACGUAGUAGACACAAAUGACCCUGAUACGUGUUCGUGCAGCGAAAAUAUCGCAAAGAUCAAACAUGAGGUGCAAACUGUUAUUGAGCUCAUGGGGCCCGCAACACCGAAGCUUCCUUACGGUAGUUUCAGUAAUACGGCCGACACCGAAGGCACCAAUGAGUUGACAUAUUCAGGAAUUACGAACGAAAAAUCGGAUCCGUGCAAAAAAGACUGCACCUGCUCGGACACCGGUUGCACUUGCGAGCACACAGAAGACGCAACAACGGCUCCUGAGAUGAGCGCCUCGAUGGAAGUGACCAAGGUGUCGAGCCCGCUGGCCCCUGAGUCAACCCCUGAAUUCAUCUGUCCACCGCCAUUUCUGCCCGCCAACGUACAGUUCAAUUCGGAGUGCAUGUGUCCACAGAUGAUCAGUUACUUGCAACAGCGAGUGCAGAAGAUGGACUACUAUGAACCGUACCAGGGUAGAAAAGCGCAAAUGGAAGAUGGAGGCGAUAAAGGCAUGAUAUACAUAGUUUUAAGACUCUCGAGAUUUGCAUUUUCAGCUACUACUACUAGUAUUGCCUUUUACAGAGGACGGACAUUUCUUAUUCGUCCCAGAAAUUAUCCAACUAGCUUUGUAUUUGUUUCUGGGCAUAUACGAGGCUUCUGCUACUGAAGAGGCCCUAGGUCACAACGAAAUACGAGACUCUACUUUGCCUUUGGUAAAAAUUUAACAACAGAAGAUGGCAAAAGUAAAUCCAAAUAUGGCAAGAAGUCUUCUCCAAGAAAGGGUAGCAUGUUUCAGAGUAUCUUCAAAUAUCUCAGAAACGGCCAGCAAAAUAACAAGAAGGUCCAAUAUUACACCAUGAAUGUGAAACAUUCCAAAAUAACCCAUAAGCCAAAAAGACUGGUGUUUGAAUUAGCAGACCGUAGUCCAAAAUGUAGUACCAGACGUCCAAGAUAUUCUCCAGACUGCUGUGAUAAUUUUGACACGCCACAUUCACUGACUCAAAUGAAGGAACACAAAAAUAGGUGUAAUGCAGCGAUGAUAUCAGAACGAAAGUCUUUCAGGAAUGCGGACUUGCGUUGUGAUGAUGGAAAAGAUAAAGAUCCUGGAAGGAUGAUGAACGAAAAGUUUAUUUGCACAUCUGAACACGACAACCUUGCUACUAGAAUGGAUGUAUAUUAUUUUGACCAUGGAGACUCCAGUUUCUUACGUACGACAGACAAUCCUCCGAUCAUAACUACUGAGAUAUUAGCCGAAAAAACUGAAGCGUACACGACGAAAUUCUGGGCAGAAAUGUUUGGAACGGUGCACAUAGGAAUAUCGUUUGUGACGUCUUUCAUCUUGCAACUGCUAAGGUUCCUCCUGUACAGCAUAAUCCGCCCUCUAUCUGUAGGCCUCAUCCAGCUUCUGUCCGACUAUUUCUUCAAGCCUUUCUUGGCGACACUGUUUAACGCAUUCGUCCAGCCUCCUAUGAUCUUCAUGUACAACGUCGCCACAUCCUGCCGCGAUUUGUUGAGCCCGAUCGCGGAAGGCAUCGGUUACUUUUUCCGUGAGAUUUCGCAACUGAUUCGCGCUUUUCGACUGGUCGAAUACAAGAAGAUUCGCCGGUGCGAAGACAAAAAUUGUCGCGAAGAUGCGGUGCAGGAUAAAUGUAGAGAUAGGGCGGUUUAGUGGUAGCGUAUCUUUAAGUCUAUACAAAAUAUUAUGUACCUACUAGUUGUACGAUACGAUCUCGAAGAACUGGUGAAUGUAUAUUUUAUGUUUAUACAUACGUAAUAUACAUAUUUAUACACGGCGAUA